AUUUUUACUUUUAUAAAAGUGAGCAGUAGAACAUUCAUAAGCACGUAGGCUAACACUGAAAGGCUAAGUAAUAUUAAAUCCAAUAUUAAAUAGAUGUAAUGCCAAAAAAACAACAUCAAAAUCAACAAAAAAAGAACCCAAAAAACCCACAGCCUUAAACAUAACUUGUAUGUCUCCAGGAAAAUUUCAGGCUGUUAUAAAGUUGUCAUUAAAGCGAGAAAACAUCUUACUCUGACUUCCGAAAACACAAUGGUCUCUCUUCCCCAAUGGCCAGCAUUUCUGUUUUUCCAUUCACUCCCUACAAAUUCUUUAAAAUCCCUGAAAUUAGGGAGCGGCUUCUUUAUUUGUCUGCAUUCUCAGCAAGCUUAAAUUGAAACCGCUUAUUAAAUGAACAAUCAGGCCUUUAUAUACUUCUUAAUAUAACUAUUAAGAAGUUGAACAAGUUUUCUUAUUUCUAUCCAUUCCUGAAAAACUGAAAAUGAAGUUUUUAAAAACUGUGUUCCAUUAACAACACUCACAGCCUGAUAUUCUAACACAGACAUCCUUCUUUCAUAUUAUUCUUACGUACAUAUUAUUCAAGAAUAUAGUUUGUAUUAGUGAAGAAUUGUUACAUAGAGUAUUACUCAGUAGUGGAUGGCACAGUUUGGAAUGUUGAAGUGGCAGUCUUUGCACAUGUGCAAAUCACAGUGACAGAAAUAACAGUGGCACCAGACCUGCUGAGACCCAGAGGCUCAUGUCCAAGCACGAGCUGGCCCUCCUUCACUGAAUGUUCGUUCACGUGUAUGUUUAACUUCAGCAGCUCAGGCACACAAGUGAGUUCUGGCAGCUGCUGUGAGCAGUAACCCAUAGCAGAGAAGUGGGGUCAGCACUGGAAGCACUUAUGCCAAGGCUAGCAGGGGCCUCUAUUUUAACUCUCACAAGUAGGAGUACAUUAUUUUUUCAUAUGAGAAAGGACUCUUAUUAGCAACCAAAUUUUGCUUGUUCUGUCCUCCACAAACACCUGCCCUCUUGCCAGAAUUACAAAUACAUUCUGAUGUAAUAGUUUAGCCUCAAUGUUUAGACUGGAUAUAUGGAAAAAAGCUUUUUACAAUAUGGGUGGUGAAGCUCUGGAACAGAUUAUCCAAAGAGAUGGUGGAAGCCCUGUCUUGGAGACAAGCAAGGUCAGCCUGGACUAGGCUCUGAGCAAUCUGAUAGAGUUGUAGGUGUCCCUGUUCAUUGCAAGGGAGUUGGAAUAGGUGCUCUUUAAGAGUCCCCUCCAAUACAAAUGAUUCUAUGAUUCUGUAUAGAUGUAUCAGAUAGGUCUCUCAAAUGUCCUCUCUUUUCAGCUUUUCCCUUCUUGCCUUUUAUGGCCAACUUUUUCUUAUAAUUUCUUUUGUCUAAAGUCAUUUCUUUCCUUCUAUGCAUCUAAAUAGCAUAACUUUCUCCAACUAUUUUACAGUUUCUCUUUUGCCCUGGAAUUUUUCCAUCCACUUCAUGAGACUGUGUAUCAUUUGACAUAAUUUGCUUGAAUCUCAGGAAUAGGAGAGAAACUUGGCAGCCCAGCAUAAGAGCUGCUGUUUCUUAGUUCUAUUAUCUCAAUUUGCUGAUACUUUACAAAACUCUACUUCACAUUUCACUGUUUGCACUACAUGCAGCCAGAAAAGAGAUGGCGGAUUUCAGUGUUUGAAGGUUCAAAACCCCAUCAGUGGAGUUUAGGAAAUAGAAAAAACAUCACAACAGAAGUCAAAAGGAGGUCUGAAAAAGAGAUGUAAGAUGUAAUGGAGGGGGGUACCCUCCUUUAAUUCUGAAUCCUGUCUUACUGACUGCUGAACAAUUUUUUGUUUCUGCAUACUGCUUACAGAUAUAUACAUCAUUAACAGCACACUGUGGAGAACAUAACAAAAAAAAAUCCUAUUUAUUUAUUUAUUUUGAAUUGCAAAAACAGUGCACGUACAUUAUUUCAAAACACACAGAUCCUGUGUGUUUUGAAAUAACACAAGGCAGGGCAGUUCUCACAGCCCUGUCUCUUGAUGAAAGGAUGAGAAUAUGCCAUCUAAUAAAUUUGCUGAAAACAUGCUGCACUGUACAUUAUCAAAAUAAAGAUGUUUAAAAAAAAAUAAUCACACUCUUUUCAUUGUCUGUGUGAAAUUAAGAAGAGGAUGACAAGAGGUGUUUACACAGGCACUUAGCCAGGAAGCUGUGUUUUCCACAGAUACAGUCAUUCAGGGACCACAUCUCUGAUUUUAUGAGCUCCCUCUCUCUGUUCUCACACCCCUGCAAUCAUGACAAGAAAUCUAUCUAUAGGUGAGAAAAUACAUAGCUCUGCACAGCAUAUUGAAAUGCUACCUCUUUCCUUUAGGUAAGUGCUACCACACUGAGGCCAUUUGUAGGAAUUUUACACAGCAAGACAAACAAAUGGAAACCUCUUAAGGAAACACAUGAACUGCAAGAUAGUUUCACAGUGAAUCCUCACAAAAAAUCUGUGCAAGGAGACUGUAAAAGAAUUCUCCAUAAAUCUUCUGUGAAAUGCAGCAUUGCUGAUUAGCAAUGGAAAAUGCCGUUAGAUAGAAAGUCUUGUCACUUUAUUUGUAUGUGCUCUUCAGCAUCUUAAGUUGCAGCUUAGGAUCCCUCAGGAUCAUGUGAGGCUAGGUUAUAUAUUAGGGAGCUGUGCUAUAGUGCUGUGUGUAAGCCUAGCAGCUGGGUACUGUUAUGGUUGCUGCUUUCCUGUGCUAAGCUGAUUUACUUGUUUAAGGUCUGACCUCAUCAUCCUGUCAGUAUGGAUUCCCACCUAUACAGUUAGCAGCAGCUUAGCAUCGGCUCUAAGAGCUUGCAGUAUAUUAAUCAGGAGAGAGAGCGAGCUACCGGUAUUUGUUCUUUUGUUGUCUUUUCUUAAGAAGAGGAGUUGAAACACAAGAGAUAACAAAGAAUCCAUUUCCUUUCUAGAAGAAUAGGCUUUUGUCGCUUUUUUUUUCCUUUUUUUUUUUUUUUUUUCCCUUUUUUUCCUGAAACAAUGUCAGUAUCUGGAAAGAAAGAGUUUGAUGUGAAGCAGAUCCUGAGGCUCCGCUGGAGGUGGUUCAGCCACCCCUCGCAGAGCUCCGCAGGCACCGGGGGCUGCCAUCAGCAGGAAGGAUAUGAGCACAGAGGGACACCGGUGCAGAACAGGUUGAAGAGCCACUCUCGGGACAGAAAUGGGCUGAAGAAAAACAGCAGUCCUGUCCACCACAAUAUACUGGCGCCUGUGCCCGGUCCAACUCCAGCGCACCACCGAUCGAUUCAAACCUGGCACCAACAAAACCUCAUAGAACAGCUUCGAUCAAAUGAAGAUAUUCCCAAAGCAAACACAGAGGAAAACUGCGUCAAGGAAGAUUCAAGUAAAACCCCACAGGAGUUGCAGAUGAUCACAGAGGAAAAUUCAGAUGAAUCUGCAGAGAGGCUGUCUACAACCAGCAGCUCACUGCUUGGCAUGAACACCAAUGGCUCUGAGGAGUACUUCCACUCUACAAACCACGCAGAGCAAACAUUCCGCAAAAUGGAAAAUUAUCUGCAGCAGAAACAGCUGUGCGAUGUUCUUCUCAUAGUAGGAGACCAGAAGAUUCCAGCUCACAGGUUGGUUCUCAGUGCAGUGUCUGAUUAUUUUGCUGCAAUGUUCACUAACGAUGUACGUGAAGCAAAACAAGAGGAGAUCAAGAUGGAGGGAGUGGACCCGGAUGCGCUGAAGGCUCUGGUGCGUUAUGCCUACACAGGUAUUCUAGAGUUAAAGGAAGACACUAUAGAAAGUUUGCUAGCUGCAGCUUGUCUUCUCCAGCUAUCCCAGGUCAUUGAUGUAUGCUGCAACUUUCUCAUGAAGCAGCUCCAUCCUUCCAACUGCCUGGGGAUCCGCUCCUUUGGGGAUGCUCAGGGCUGCACAGAGCUCCUGAAGGUGGCACACACAUACACUAUGGAACAUUUCACAGAAGUUAUUAAAAACCAGGAAUUUCUUUUACUCCCUGCUAAUGAGAUCGCAAAACUCCUGUCUAGCGAUGACAUCAAUGUUCCAGAUGAGGAGGUUAUAUUCCAGGCAUUAAUGAUGUGGGUGAGACAUGAUUUGCAAAACCGGCAACAAGAUCUGGGGAUGCUUCUAUCUUAUAUCAGACUGCCUCUACUUCCCCCUCAGUUGCUAGCCGAUCUAGAAAAUAGUCCAAUGUUUGCAGACGACUUAGAAUGCCAGAAACUUCUCAUGGAGGCUAUGAAGUACCAUCUCCUACCAGAAAGACGGUCUAUGAUGCAGAGCCCUCGAACAAAGCCUAGGAAGUCUACAGUGGGUGCACUUUAUGCUGUAGGAGGCAUGGAUGCCACUAAAGGCACCACUACAAUUGAAAAGUAUGACCUUAGGACUAAUAGCUGGAUACAAAUUGGUACCAUGAACGGCAGACGAUUACAGUUUGGAGUGGCAGUAAUUGACAACAAACUCUACAUUGUGGGAGGAAGAGAUGGUCUGAAAACCUCCAACAUUGUUGAAUGUUUCAACCCUAUCACCAAAGUCUGGACUAUAAUGCCUCCUAUGUCAACGCACAGACACGGCCUAGGAGUAGCAAUGCUGGAAGGACCAAUGUAUGCUGUUGGUGGCCAUGAUGGCUGGAGUUACCUGAACACCGUAGAAAGAUGGGACCCUCAAGCCCGGCAAUGGAAUUAUGUUGCCAGCAUGUCCACCCCCCGAAGCACUGUAGGGGUUGCAGCAUUAAACAGCAAACUGUAUGCAGUUGGUGGACGAGAUGGGAGCUCCUGCUUAAAAUCAAUGGAAUGUUUUGAUCCACAUACAAACAAGUGGAGCCUAUGUGCUUCAAUGUCCAAGAGAAGAGGCGGUGUAGGUGUUGCAACAUACAAUGGGUUUUUAUAUGCUGUGGGAGGUCACGAUGCACCUGCUUCCAACCACUGCUCUCGACUUUCCGACUGUGUAGAAAGGUAUGACCCUAAAACAGACACUUGGACAACAGUGGCUCCGUUGAGCGUACCCCGGGAUGCUGUUGGAAUUUGCCCUCUGGGGGACAGACUUUAUGCUGUUGGUGGCUAUGAUGGCCACACAUACCUGGAUACUGUGGAGUCUUAUGAUGCUCAAAAUAACGAGUGGACAGAGGAAGUUCCUGUCAAUAUUGGAAGGGCUGGAGCGUGCGUUGUUGUUGUGAAGUUGCCAUGAUGUCCAUACAUACUGUGAAACCAAUCCGGGAGUGGGGUUUCAUGAAAACUGAGCUAGAGAAGAAACACUUCUAGAAGGCAGGACAGCCCAUAAACAUCGUAACAGUCCUUCAUCAUAGACAAUAAUUAUCUUGGGGCCAUAACGAUGUUAGAGCACAAGACUGGAGUCUUCCUGCACUGCAAAAUCCAGAUAAUUUUGAAAAAGUGAAUUAUUUUUUAAUGCCUAAUGCAUAAAAAUCAGAUGAUAUGUUUAAGUGGUUCAGGUUUGUUACAGAAAUUUAUCUGUUAUUUAUAAAAUGCAGUAGUAAGGUGAUGAAUGGAUGUAUAAGAGUUCAUAAACCUUUUUCUUUUUUAUGUUAGUGGUAAUGCUAAUGUUUAUAAAAAGAGAUUUUGUAUUUUAAGUAAACAAAAAUGAAUAAAAGAGAAAUACCUUCAAAACAAAACUGUACAGAAGGAAAUAGUGGACCUCAAAUGUAUUUGGCAACAGAAUAUUCUCUGUAGAAGAAACUUCAUUUCUAGAUUCAGAAGUUAGAUCAUUAAAUUAACUUCAAAAUAAUCAUGUAAUAAAUCAAAGAGAAGCACAGAAUGUCUUUGCUAUUCUACAGUAAGGAGAAAAAAUAUCCAUUUUUAGCAGUAUUUUCAACUGGAUUGUACAAGAACUAGCAGGGCUAAAAUAUCUUUGUUUUCUUAUGUACGUGCCAACUGGAAAAUCUCAUUUGCCAAAACAAUACUAAUAUAAUUUCCAAUCACUUUCACAGUGCAUCUGUAUGUGAUAUUUUAAUUCCAACCAGUGUGUCAGGUUAUUGGUGGAUUUGUCUUUGCCCACUAACCAUCUGUUAGCAUUAUGUUAAACUUACUUGGCUAUUCAUGGAAUAAUCACCGUGCACUAAAUUAAAAUAUAUAUAUAAUCAUAUAAUUGCAUUCACUGAAUAUAACUUACAAAAUGAAAUUUUUAUAUCAUAUUGAUAUGAUGAUUCUUGAUCUCAGCUGAAGAUUACCAGCUUUGUCAUGUACAGUAGAAAAUCACAUGCACUGUGCAACGGUCUAUACCACUAAUACAAGCAUGUUCAUGUUUUGAGAUGAUUAAUGAAUAUUUACAUGCAUGAGGUUUUCUUUUUGUGUGCCAAUUUUUAAUGAAGUUUUCAUUUUCUUUCAGUAGUUUCAUUUUUGAUAAUUUCAAAUGCUGUAAGUGUAUUUUAAAGGAAGAAUGUAUGUAAGAUAUUCUACAUUGUAAAGCACACUAUUUGGGCAGUAUCUACUUCAGUGUUAUAUUGUUGUUUUGUCAGUAUUAGAAAAUUCAGAACAGACAUGAAAUCUCCCUGAAGACACAACUAUGUGACUAACUUUCCUGACAGAAUGUCUUUUCAGAAAUCAGCAAUAUGGUAUUUUAACAAAUAUAUAGUAUUUAUCAUAUUGAACCCUUCUAAAAAGGAAAUCUCAUAAGCAUAUUUAUAAAAAGACAGAAACAUUUUUAACUUUAAAUAUUAAUUAAAAUUAUGUUUAUAUGAAGCAUGCUACAAAAAAAAAUAAACUUAACUUUCUCUGCUAAGAAAAUUUAA